UAAUGUAGUUGCCAAUCAUUAUCAAAAAUGUGUACAAUAAAUGUCAAACUCCUCAAGUAUGUUCCAAGUUCUUUAGAUUGGGGACCUCUUAAUCUUAUGGACAAAAUUUACCAACACUUACAUAAAACUUCACAAGGUUCUAGCGAAUUAGCAUAAACUACAAAAGUGAAAAAAAAAAAAUAAAAAAAAUCCAACCCUCAAUGGAUUUCCUGAUUGAGUAUUCUUUUCUUUUUUUGAUAAUUCUUUUUUUCACAUAUAUUAUAUGGUUCAUCCUAUAUAGAAGGACAAAAACAUCAGCACCAACAGAUUGGCCAAUCCUUAGAGAGUUACCAGCGGUUAUUAUGAAUUUUCAACGUGGUCAUGAAUAUAUGACUGAAGUUCUUAUAGAAUAUGGUGGCACUUAUGAGUUCAAAGGUCCUAUUUUUGCAAAUGUGGACAUGUUUUUCACUUGUGAUCCUGCAAAUAUCCAUCAUAUUUUUAGUAAAAACUUCUCAAACUAUCCAAAAGGACCUGAAUUUCGUAAGAUUUUCGAAAUUUUGGGAAAUGGGAUCUUCAACGUUGAUGAUGAAUUAUGGGAGCUUCAUAGGAAGACCACAAUGUCCAUAAUGAGCCAUGCAAAGUUCCAAAGUUUGUUGGAGAGGACUACGUGGGGUAUUAUUGAUAAAGGGCUUCGACCAAUUCUUGAUGCUUUUGCAAAACAGGCCAAAACAUUGGAUUUGCAAGAUGUUUUGCAGAGAUUCACUUUUGACUCUAUCACUAAAUUGUUACUUGAUCAUGAUCCAAGAAGCUUGUCAAUUGACUUGCCUUAUUUGUCAUAUGAAAAGGCAUUUGGGGUGGCUCUUGAUGCACUUCUACUGAGACACAUAGUGCCAGAACAUAUUUGGAAAUUGCAAAAAUGGCUUCGAGUUGGUUCAGAGAAGGAGCUCAUUCAAGCAUGUGAGGCGUUUGAUCAAUUCAUAUAUCCUUGCAUUUCGCGGAAGCUAGAGGAGUUGAUGCAUAAUAGUACAACCAAAGACGAGGAAUUUGCAUUUUUAAAUGCAUACAUCAAAAUGUACAAUCAAUGGAACAAUGGAGAUUUGGGUACUUUGCAAACAUUUCUAAGGGACACUUUCUUGAAUUUGAUGUUUGCUGGGAGGGACACUACAAGCGCAGCUCUCACUUGGUUUUUUUGGCUCUUGGCUAAAAAUCCCUUAGUAGAGAAAAAGAUAAGAGAAGAGAUUCAACAACAAUUGCAUGUAAAAGAGGAUGAAAACCUCAAGUUUUUCAACAAGGAAGAAUCAAGAAAAUUGAUCUAUCUACAUGGUGCUUUGUGUGAAACUCUUAGGUUCUUUCCAUCAGUUUCUUUAGAGCACAAAGUCCCACUUGAUCAUGACAUCCUCCCUAGCGGUCACCGUGUCAGUCCAAAAACAAGAAUGAUUCUACCAUUCUACUCGAUGGGGAGAAUGGAGACUCUGUGGGGGAAAGAUUGUCUAGAAUUCAAACCAGAGAGAUGGAUAUCUGAACUAGGAAGGAUCAAACAUGAGCCAUCUUUCAAAUUUCCAGCGUUUAACGCAGGUCCACGAACUUGUCUAGGGAAGGAAAUGGCAUUCACUCAGAUGAAAAUAGUGGCAGCUACCAUCAUACACAACUACAAUCUCCAAAUACUGGAACCAGAAAAUGUUUCUCCUACUACGUCUAUUAUCAUGCAAGUGAAAAAUGGUCUGAUGGUUGAGGUUACCAAAAAGGUAUAACAUAUGCAUGUAUUAGUAUACUUUCUUAUGUAUGUGGAGCAAAUCUUUAGCUCUUUCAAGAAAAUUCGAAUAAAACUGUUCUCUUUCUAAUUCAAA